AUGUCCCUUACUCUGAAGAUCGGGUCUCUCUUCAUCCGUACGCUCGCCAAGCCGAUUGCCAAUGGCAUAAAACGCGGCGCCCGCAACCAUGAGGGCUUCCGACGAACCUGCGUCGCAUUCGCACAAUCGCUACACCGUCUCGACGUCCGAUGGCGCGUGGGACUGCUACAAGACCCAGCAGUCAUAGAACGCCAAAUUCAAAGGGAGCUGAAAGAAGCGGAGGCGAAGCGACGCGCAUCGCAAGUUCCUACAGUCAAGACCGAGGCACAGACAAAAGCCGACGACCAGGCGCUGCAGAAAGAGAAGGAGGAAAUUACGGAGAAGCACAAGCACAAGUCGCCCAGAGUCAGGCCCCUGGCCGAGAACAAGGCCAUUGACAUGGGCGCCAAUUUUAUUUCAGAGGCAUUCAUGUUUCUCGUUGCCGGCAGCAUUAUCGUAUGGGAGCAGUGGAGGUCGAGAAAGAAGGCCAGUGACCGUCGGGACGUCGUGGAUGAUAGGCUGGACGAGCUUGCGGAGAAGAAUUCGCAGCUUAUGGAGGAGAUCCGAUUGCUCAAGGCCCGCGUUGCCCCGGAAGAGGUCGCCCGGGAAGAAGCAAAGAAAGAUACGGAACACCGUGCCUUGGGCGCAUCAGCGGCUCGUGCUGCCCCGUCGGAACCAUCAGCAAAAGAAGUGACACCGCCAGAUGCGGAAACUCCCAGCGCCUUGAAAGCUGCAACCUCACAAGCCCGAGAAGCCUAG